UGAAAAUAUUGUAAAGUGUCCGUCUUAACAUGGACGUUAUGACUUAAAAAUUUAAACCAAAAUGGCCACUUCCAUGAGAAAUGUGAUUUUCUGUCAUAAAUCCCUGCCAAGAAGUAUCCAGAAUUCAUUUUCAAGGCGUCUCCACACAAUACAUGCAAACAGAGAACUCCAGCACCGAAUACAGCGCCACCUGAAGGCAGGAAGAUUCCAGGCCCUGUGUGUUCUAACAGCCAGACAUGCCAGUACAAAGACAGAGAUACCUGAAGGAUAUAUACCUGACAUACCUGCCCCUCCUAAACUGGAAUUAAUCGACAAUCUUCCAGAUUUAACUGCACUUGGGGAGCCAACGCUACAGAGCCUCGGCCUGGCAUCAUGGUAUCCGCCAGGGCGCAUGCAGGCUCUGCUAGAGUUCUUCCAUGUGUCAAUAGACAUGCCUUGGUAUGCCUGCAUCACGCUGACAGCUGUUGCACUGAGGUUAAUACUGUUGCCCAUCUACGUCAGGCAAAGAAAGUUUGCCAUCAAUAUGGGGAACCAUUCUCAGACAGUGCAGAGACUGCAGAGACAGGUUGAGGAUGCCAAAACAACCGGGAAUGCUAUCUUGGCGGACACACGCCGGAAAUCACUGCAGGAGUAUACUAUUAGGAAUAAUCUCCAGCCCUGGAAGAUGUUUCAGUUCCCUGCUAUGCAGGUUCCCAUCAUGGUGUCAAUGUUCAUUGGCCUGCGAAAGAUGUGUGAUUUGCCGGUAAUGACGCUGAAGUCAGGAGGGUGUUUGUGGUUCACAGACAUGACCAUUGCUGACCCCUACAUCCUACCAGCCAUCACAGCUGUAACCAUCCUUGCUACAAUAGAGUUUGGGUCGGAGUCGACGAAGGCAUCCCAGAUGACACACACCAUGAAGUGGGUGUUACGGAGUUUUCCCGUCAUUGCUUUCUUCUUUACUUCACAAUAUGCCUCCGCAAUAGCAUUUUACUGGACGAUUAACAAUGUUCUCAGUCUGGUGGUGGCUCUGUCCUUUAGAACAGAUUUUGUGAAGAAGCUGGCGAAAAUGCCUGAUCAGAUCGUGCCAGAGGCGCAGAAGGAACAGAAGCCCUUCAUACAGGGAUUUAAGGAAGGUAGGUUGCCCCAGAGUACCAGCGUAAGAAGCGUGAAAAGGAAGGGAUGAACAGGAAGUACAUCGAGGAAGCUGCAUUCAAGAAAGCGGGAACAGGCCCUGUGCCAAAAACAUACGCGUACGACCCAACAAAGAGACGUACAGGCUCCUCACAGUUAUAAUGGGGCUAAGAAAUAAUAAAUAUUUGUUUUAUGCAAAGUUUUUGAUUUGAUUGUCAAUGAUGUAGGUAAAAUGUGUUAUACCUGUGCAUUGAAGUAAGUAAAAAGAACCAAGAUGCUUUGAACCUGAAUUGUGUAAGAACAUGGGCUAAUUUAUUUUUCUAUAUUUACUUCUCAAUCAUGAGGCAAUUUUCAAUAGUUUUAAGUUGGACACAAAUGCAUAAAUGAUAGUUAAAAUGAAAAUGAGUUUGAAUGCCUUAAAUGUUGUCAACCAUUUAACUUGAAUGUGUUUAAAUUAUUGGACAUAAACUCAUUAAUGAUUUGAUACUGAGAAUGGGACAAAGGGAGAUAUUCUGUUUAUAGAUUAAUGUGUGCUAUUUUAUGACAUGUACUAAAUAUUCUGUUAAUAGAUUAAUGCGUGUUGUUUUAUAACAUGUACUGACGAACAAGUUUAUGGAAACAUG